AUACCUUGAGGCUUUGCAGAUGCUAUUAUAUGCGCAAAGUUGGUCUUAAGCUACUAGCGUAUACUUCCUAACAAUAAUUAUCUUCCUCUGUAAGAAGUACGAUUGCUGUUAUGAACCUCAUAGCGCUAGCCCCAUCCAAUUUGCACCGAGGGUCCAUCGAAAGGUUCCCUGUCCAGGGCCUCUUUCUAUCAGCAUAUGCGCUGUAGUGCCUUCUGAUCAUAGUCAACUAGUUACAGCAACGCCAGCGGGGCGCAGUAGUCAAAAGACGACGUCAUGCAGAGCCACGCAAGCCGGCAUGUUGUCUCCGACUUCCUAAAAGACCUCCACCCAGACCUAAGCCAGCCGUUUCCCAAGGGCGUCAUCGCAGAUGAGGUCGCGGAGGCGCAUGGACGACGAGCAAUUCCAAAGCUGAUUGCCGUUCUGGCGCUCCCAGACCUUCCCGACGACCAGCGCGCCCAUGCGCUGCGGAUAUUCAACAGCCUGCUCAGCACACAGGAGCACAAGACCAAUGCGGUGGCCGAGGGCGCCGCCGCGCCGCUGUGCCGCCUGGUGAACGAGUGCCGCGAUGCGGAGGUGCGCCGACUCAGCUGUACGGCACUGGCCAGCCUGGCGCAGGUUAUGGCUGGCCGGCAGUCCAUUGUGUCGGUGGGCGGUCUGGCGGUGCUGACGGAGGCGCUGCAGACCACCCCCGAGCAGGCGGCGGGGGCGCUCAGGUCCUUUGCCCUCUCCAACGACGGCAAUUCGCUGCUCAACGCGGUUCGCUCGCUGGUGGUGCCGGCGCUGGUGCAGCUGCUGCUGCAGCCCGCAGACCCCGCAUUCACACUGGCGGCGUGCGAGAACGCGGCGGCCACACUGGAGGGCAUGACCCGCACCGACGAGGGUGUGUUGGCGGCCCUAGCUGCGGGGGUGCCUCGCUGCCUGGUGGCGCUGACCCGGAGGGGGCUGGAGGGGGACCUCAGGUUCGAGGGGCGGCUGAUGGACCUGUUGCAGCGAGUGGCCACCUGCUUUGAGCAGAUCUGCCACCACCCGGAGGGAAAGGCGGCGGCGCGGGAGGCGGACGCGCACAAGGCCCUGGCCGACCUGCUGUCCCUGCAGCACCGCGAGACCAUCAAGCACUCCGCCGCCGCGCUGAUGGGUCUGGCGGUGGAGAAGGAGAGCAAGGUGAACAUCAUGCUGUUCGCGGGGGUGCAGCUGGUGCGGCUGAUGCGGGGGCAGGACGGCGAGCUGGCGGCCAACGCGAGGGACACGGUGGCGGCUGCGUGCGAGCACCUGGAGGCGAGGAGGACGGCAGAGAUGCUGCUCAGUCUGGAGGAGCGGGAGCUGCUGCUGUGGAAGGGCCCCCCGCCCGAGACGCCGCCCGACUACCGAUACCACAUCGAUAUACCCAAGUGGCACCCGCCGCUGAAAUAGGGGAGGCGGAGAAAGGGGGAGAGAGAAGGGGGAGAAAUGAAGUGAGGGAGUUGCGGGGAGGAGAAGGAGAAAGCCGAGACAGGACGGGUGAAGCGAGGAGGGCUGCAGUAUGAGGAGGGUUAAUUCCCGUGGCCUUUUAGGCGGCAGAGGGCUUGAUGCAUGUACAUACGGGUAUACGAUAUUGCACAAGGGGUUUUAUGGACGAGGGAGGGCGGAGACGGAGGAAUGGGGUGGAAUUAGGAGUCACAGGGCGUGCGGUGCGGGACUGCGGGUGGUGUGGCGGCGACCUGCCCUUCCGUUAUGUAUGCGUGGGCUGCAAGGAGGGGGGGGUGAAGAAGCUCCCAGCUGGAAACACCACGCAACCAUGUUGCUCUGGAUCAAUCGCUGUGUCCUCAUCAGCUGGACGAUUACGAUUUCCCCCCUUAAGGACUGUAAAGUCCACGGUAUCUCGUACACAUCUACCGCUAAGCGGUUGAACAUGACAAAUAGCUACCUGCAAGAGCUCAUGGCCCUUCUUUCGCAUAUGCUUGGAC